UCUAUAACGGUCUUUGGUUUGGUUGUUUUUGGUCAUUUUCGAAAAAUUUGGUAGUCGGUAGAUCAUUUGCUACACACGCGCGCGCAUUGUCAUAUCUGAACCACAUUUUUCAUACGAGUGGUUAUCCGUUGGUUGCAUGCUUCAUUGGUGAAUAAAGUCACUACAUUAAUAAUCGUAUAUUUUGCGAUACUGUCGAGCGUAUAGGCUAUGUUUCAUAAUCCAACAUUUUGCUUAUUGUAUAAAUAUUGAAAAAUACAUUUUUAAAAAGGGGUCAACAUCGUGUGCUCAUAAAUUGAUUUUACAUUGGUUUCAUUAGGGCACUCAACUGCUUGCAGCCUAUGAUGUGCUCCACUAUGGUCUCGGAAGCCAAUUAAAAAAAAAAACUUAUCUGACUGCUGGCUGUAGCUGAAACAACGAAUUCGGAUACCUCAGACGAAAGCUAAAACACACUUCCGACCGUAAAUAAGGGAUUAGGACACAUCCAUUUAGGAAAUCGCAUAGGUCUGUUGCACUUGAUAGCAUGUUGUUGUCCGUGUUAUAUUUCACUCGGCUAUACUGAUUGAAAACGUCAUAUACCGGCGUAUACAGCCUACAUUAUAAUUUUCUUUCGAUGACGAAAACUUAAAAAGAAGAAGAUGGAUUCUCCUCGAAAGGAUUUACUGCUAGUGCAAUGAAAUCCAUCUUGUGAAAUCAGCACCCGGAUGUUGCAAUAUAUAUUUGCUAAAACUCUCAGGAAAAAAUGUAGAGCACUUUAUAACAUGGAGAUGGGUUGAAUUUAAAUAUUUACAAAAUGUGUUACUUUGCUGUUUUAAUAACAAAAUGUAGACAUACACUACUUUUUGACAUGCAAUUUUAAUGAGGAUUGGACCAUGCACGAACCAGAGGAGCAGCCAGGAGGGGCAAAUUAUGCCAGCAGCACCAGAGUCCCUCUCUCUGGUGACGUACCAGCCAUUCUGUCCGACAGCUCCGUCCCUCCCCAGCCCCCUGCGCUCACCUGGCAGGCUGCAAUCCAUGCUGCUAAGCAGGCCCAGGCUGCCCCGACCAUGAGCGCCAGCGCCACUGCCCCGGUCGGGUCUCUGUCCCAAAGAAAGCGCCAGCAGUAUGCCAAAAGCAAGAAGCAGAGCAGCACGGUCAACAGCAGACCUCCCCGCGCACUCUUCUGCCUCACUCUCAACAACCCCAUCAGGAGAGCCUGCAUCAGCCUGGUAGAAUGGAAGCCAUUCGAUAUCUUUAUAUUACUCUCUAUUUUUGCCAACUGCGUGGCCUUAGCUGUUUACAUUCCCUUUCCUGAAGAUGACUCCAAUGCCACCAACCAUGACCUGGAAACAGUAGAAUAUGCCUUCCUUAUCAUUUUUACCAUUGAAACCUUUUUGAAGAUUAUAGCAUAUGGAUUAGUAAUGCACCAGAACGCGUAUGUGAGGAACGGCUGGAACAUGCUGGAUUUUAUAAUUGUAGUAGUAGGGUUAUUUAGCGUAUUUUUGGAAGUAUUAACCAAAGAGGGAGAUGCAGGGAGCCACCAGUCGGGCGGAAAGCCGGGUGGCUUCGACGUCAAAGCCCUUCGAGCCUUCCGAGUGCUGCGUCCUCUCCGCCUGGUGUCAGGAGUGCCCAGUUUACAAGUAGUUUUGAAUUCCAUUAUUAAAGCCAUGGUCCCUCUGCUCCACAUAGCCCUGUUAGUUUUAUUUGUAAUCAUCAUUUAUGCCAUUAUAGGAUUGGAGCUCUUUAUUGGAAAAAUGCACGCGACAUGUUACAUUUCUGGCACAAAUUCAAUAGCUGAAGAUGAACCAGCACCAUGUGCAAUCUCAGGUCACGGGCGCCAUUGCCCCAUCAACGGUACUGUAUGCAAAGAAGGCUGGCACGGCCCCAACGGCGGCAUCACCAACUUUGACAACUUCGCUUUCGCGAUGCUGACAGUGUUCCAGUGCAUCACCAUGGAGGGGUGGACCGACGUGCUGUACUGGAUGAAUGAUGCCAUGGGCUUUGAGCUGCCCUGGGUGUACUUUGUCAGCCUGGUCAUCUUUGGGUCCUUCUUCGUGCUUAAUCUGGUUCUGGGAGUGUUGAGUGGAGAGUUCUCCAAGGAGAGGGAGAAGGCCAAAGCCCGUGGAGACUUCCAGAAGCUGAGGGAGAAACAGCAGCUGGAGGAGGACCUGAAGGGCUACCUGGACUGGAUCACCCAGGCUGAGGACAUCGACCCCGAGAACGAGGAGGACGGUGAAGGCAAGCGCAACCCAAGCAUGCAGGCCAGCGAGACGGAGUCAGUGAACACGGAGAAUGCCAACGGGGAGGACGAGAAAGUACGGUGUUGUGGUCCUUUCUGUCAAAAAAUUACAAAGUCAAAGUUCAGUCGGCGCUGGCGUCGCUGGAACCGGUUCUGUCGCCGGAAGUGCCGAGCGGCCGUCAAAUCUGUCACUUUCUAUUGGCUGGUGAUCAUCCUGGUGUUCCUCAACACGCUGACCAUCUCCUCAGAGCACUACGACCAGCCGGAAUGGCUCACAGAAGUGCAGGAAGUGGCCAAUAAGGUUCUGCUGGCAAUGUUCACCUGUGAGAUGUUGGUGAAGAUGUACAGCCUUGGGCUGCAGGCCUACUUUGUCUCCCUCUUCAACCGCUUCGACUGCUUUGUGGUGUGCGGGGGCAUCAUCGAGACCAUCCUGGUGGAGCUGGAGAUCAUGUCUCCGCUUGGUAUCUCUGUGUUUCGCUGCGUCCGCCUGCUGCGAAUCUUUAAAGUCACACGCCAUUGGGCGUCACUCAGCAACCUGGUGGCCUCACUGCUCAACUCCAUGAAGUCCAUCGCCUCUCUGCUGCUUCUGCUCUUCCUCUUCAUCAUCAUCUUCUCGCUGUUGGGUAUGCAGCUCUUUGGUGGCAAGUUCAACUUUGAUGAGACACAGACCAAGAGGAGUACCUUUGACAACUUCCCUCAAGCGCUGCUCACGGUCUUCCAGAUUUUAACAGGCGAAGACUGGAAUGCUGUCAUGUAUGACGGGAUAAUGGCAUAUGGAGGCCCUUCCUCCUCGGGAAUGAUUGUCUGUGUGUACUUCAUCAUCCUCUUCAUCUGCGGAAACUACAUCCUGCUGAAUGUCUUCUUGGCUAUCGCUGUGGACAACUUGGCAGAUGCAGAAAGCCUCAAUACAGCACAGCAGGAGGAGGCAGAGGAGAAAGAGAGGAAGAAGAGUGCAAGGAGUGGGAGCACAGACAAGAGGGACGAUGAGAAAGGGGAGGGGAGAGAAGGCGGUGACAAGGUUAUGGGGGAACUCUGUAUGGAGGAAGAGGAGAAAGACCCAUACCCUGCUAGAGACGUUCCAGGGGACGAGGACGAGGAUGAGCCGGAGCUUCCGGUUGGCCCGCGGCCCCGCAGGCUGUCUGAACUGACCAUCAAGGAGAAGAUCGCACCUAUCCCAGCGGGCAGCGCCUUCUUCAUUUUCAGCAGCACCAACCCAUUUCGGGUUGGCUGUCACAGGCUGAUCAAUCAUCAUAUAUUCACCAACCUCAUUCUGGUCUUUAUCAUGCUUAGCAGUGUGUCUCUUGCUGCAGAAGACCCCAUCCGUAACUUUUCUGCCCGCAAUAUCAUACUUGGUUACUUUGACUAUGCGUUCACGGCAAUCUUUACUGUUGAGAUCCUAGUGAAGAUGACUGCAUUUGGGGCUUUCCUGCAUAAGGGUGCUUUCUGCAGAAAUUACUUCAACCUGCUGGACUUACUGGUGGUGGGAGUGUCUCUGGUGUCUUUUGGUAUUCAGUCCUCUGCCAUCUCAGUGGUGAAGAUUCUGAGAGUGCUGCGAGUGCUCCGGCCCCUGAGAGCCAUCAACCGAGCCAAGGGCCUCAAGCACGUGGUCCAGUGCGUGUUUGUGGCCAUCCGGACCAUUGGAAACAUCAUGAUCGUUACCACGCUGCUGCAGUUCAUGUUCGCCUGCAUAGGAGUGCAGCUCUUUAAGGGGAAGUUCUACCGCUGCACAGACGAGGCCAAGACCAGCCCCGAGGAAUGCAAGGGGACCUACAUCCUGUACAAGGACGGUGAUGUCACCAUGCCCGCCGUGCGUGACCGCGUGUGGCACAACAGCGACUUUAAUUUCGACAACGUUCUGGUGGCAAUGAUGGCCCUCUUCACCGUGUCCACCUUUGAGGGCUGGCCAGCACUGCUAUACAAGGCCAUCGAUUCCAACCGGGAGAACAUGGGCCCCAUCUACAACUACCGUGUGGAGAUCUCCAUCUUCUUCAUCAUCUACAUCAUCAUCAUUGCUUUCUUCAUGAUGAACAUCUUUGUGGGUUUUGUCAUCGUCACGUUCCAGGAGCAGGGGGAGAAGGAAUACAAGAACUGUGAGCUGGACAAGAACCAGCGCCAGUGUGUGGAGUACGCUCUGAAGGCCCGGCCCCUGCGCAGAUAUAUUCCUAAGAACCCCUACCAGUACAAGUUCUGGUAUGUGGUGAACUCCACGGCCUUCGAGUACAUCAUGUUCGUGCUCAUCAUACUCAACACGCUGUGCCUGGCCAUACAGCAUUAUGGUCAGUCCCCUCUGUUUAACUACGCCAUGGACAUCCUCAACAUGGUCUUUACUGGGGUCUUCACUGUGGAGAUGCUGCUCAAAUUAAUUGCCUUCAAACCAAGGGGCUAUUUUACGGAUCCCUGGAACGUGUUUGACGCCCUGGUGGUUAUUGGCAGCGUAGUAGACAUCGUUCUCAGUGAGAUAGAUCACUAUUUUGCUGAUGCAUGGAACACAUUUGAUGCCUUAAUUGUUGUUGGUAGCGUCGUUGACAUUGCUAUCACCGAAGUCAAUCCAACAGAGACUCCCGUGGUGGAGGUGGAGGUAGAGGCUGGGAACACGGAGGACAGUGCCAGGAUCUCUAUCACCUUCUUCCGGCUGUUCCGAGUCAUGCGAUUGGUCAAGCUGCUGAGCAGAGGAGAGGGCAUUCGCACACUACUGUGGACAUUCAUCAAGUCAUUCCAGGCUCUGCCAUAUGUUGCCCUGCUGAUUGCCAUGCUGUUCUUCAUCUAUGCUGUUAUUGGGAUGCAGGUGUUUGGUAAAAUAGCCAUGGUGGACGGCACGCACAUCAACCGAAACAACAACUUCCAGACCUUUCCCCAGGCGGUCCUCCUGCUCUUUAGGUGUGCCACAGGUGAGGCCUGGCAGGAGAUCAUGCUGGCAUGUCUGCCUGGAAAACUCUGUGACGCAGAGUCAGACUACAACCCUGGAGAGGAGAGGUCUUGUGGAAGUGGUUUUGCGAUCAUCUACUUCAUUACUUUCUACAUGUUAUGCGCCUUCUUGAUCAUUAAUUUGUUUGUCGCUGUCAUCAUGGACAAUUUUGACUAUCUCACUCGUGAUUGGUCUAUACUUGGCCCCCAUCAUCUGGAUGAGUUUAAGAGGAUCUGGUCGGAGUAUGAUCCAGAGGCAAAGGGCAGGAUUAAACACCUGGAUGUGGUGACCCUGCUGCGCCGCAUCCAGCCCCCUUUGGGCUUUGGAAAGCUGUGUCCCCACAGAGUAGCCUGCAAGAGAUUAGUUGCCAUGAACAUGCCUUUAAACAGUGAUGGCACGGUCAUGUUCAACGCGACCCUGUUUGCAUUGGUCCGGACGGCUCUGAAGAUCAAAACUGAAGGUAACCUGGAUCAGGCCAAUGAGGAGCUAAGAGCUGUCAUAAAGAAGAUCUGGAAGAGGACCAGCAUGAAGCUUCUGGACCAAGUAGUGCCCCCUGCUGGUGAUGAUGAGGUGACCGUGGGGAAGUUCUAUGCCACCUUCCUGAUACAGGACUACUUUAGGAAAUUCAAGAAACGCAAAGAGCAGGGCCUGGUGGGGCGACACCCGUCCAAGAACACCACCAUCGCACUGCAGAUCGCUGUGGAAACCAGAGUCCCCAUGCCAGCUGCAGCAGCGCGUCCGGCUAUCAUGAGCUCUGCAGCCCGUCCCUGUCCAGCACCGGACCCCCGCUGGACCCCCGCUGGCCCAUCUCUUGACCACCGCGUCUCCCUCGUCCACUGCUAUAGUGCCGGUCUCCGCACGCUGCAUGAUAUUGGGCCCGAAAUUCGACGAGCGAUAUCAUGUGACCUGCAAGACAAGGAUCUUGUAGAAUUUAACCCUGACGAUGACGAGGAUAUUUAUAGGAGGAACGGUGGGCUCUUUGGCAAUCAUGUCAAUCACUUCAGCGGAGACAGGAGGGGCUCUGUGUUCCAGACCAAUGCCACACAGCGCCCCCUACAGAUCUAUCCUCCCCCCAACUACGAUCCCGCCGUGGACCACAUCAGGCACAGCAGGGGUGCAAACUCCCUGCCCCACAACCACCUCAACCAUCACCCCAACUCCUAUCCCAAGUCACCAAAGUCCACCAAUGCCAACCUCAACAAUGCCAACGCUUCCAGUUACCCCAACGGGAAGCGGCGUCAGCGGUACGAGGGCUCCCCCACAAACGGGUACCCCUCCCAGGGUUCCUGCUUCAAGGGAGACCAUGACAAGCACAGGAAGCCUCAAGGGAGAAGGACACGCUACUAUGAGACCUAUAUUAGGUCGGAACCGGGGGGCAGCCGGCACCCUACCAUCUGCAGAGAGGACCUGCGUGGUGCUGACCGCUGUGACGAGGACCGCUGCUCAGGGGAGGACAGCGAGGAGGAGUUCUAUGAGGAUGACAGCAUGCUGUCACCAGACAGAAGGUCCCAUAAGAAGCACCAGGAGGUGUAUCCCACCAGGGAUCUUGACUAUGGAACUUCCAGGGGCUACCAUCACCCUCAAGGUUACUAUGAUGAUGAUGAACCUCCCAUCUACCAUGAGUCACGGAGUUCGCCAAAGAGACGGCUGCUUCCUCUCACACCUCAGGCACAUCCGAGGCCGUCCUUUAGUUUUGAGUGUCUGCGCAGGCAGAGCAGUCAGGAUGAAAUUCCACUGUCACCCCAUCUGCACCAGCACACUGCGCUACCUCUGCACCUGAUGCAGCACCAGGUGAUGGCUGUUGCCGGUCUGGACUCGAGCCGGGCCCAGAGGCUGUCACCGACCCGCUCCGUACGGUCCUGGGCCACGCCUCCCACCACGCCCACCAGCAAAGACCAGUCACCCUACUACACCCCCCUGAUCCAAGUGGACCGGCCAAGCAGAAGAAGCACGAGCAGCAGCCAGUCGUCUGUGUGCAAAAGCUCCUGGUACACAGACGAGACAGACUACCCCCAGAGGACGUACACACCGGCUCACCUGCAGGUCCCUGCGGACUUCCGCCCCCACUACCAUGAGAAAAGGGGCAGCGCCACCAGUCUGGUAGAGGCGGUGUUGAUAUCCGAAGGACUGGGGAGAUACGCGAAGGACCCGCGGUUUGUGGCGGCGACGAAGCACGAGAUCGCAGACGCCUGCGAGAUGACGAUCGACGAAAUGGAAAGCGCUGCCAGUAACCUCCUGAACGGCAGCAUUUCGCCUGGGGUCAACGGGGAGAUGUUUCCCAUCCUGGACCCAAGGGACGAUCUGCUGGACUACGCUGCUGGCUACAGUGACGAGGAGCCUGAGCCUCACAGAAAGUAUGAGGAGGACUUAGCUGAUGAAAUGAUAUGCAUAACGACUUUAUAGCAUUCGCUAAAGAAAGACAAAAAUGCACCUGUUGGCUAAUUAACAAAAGAAGUGCCUUCUUGUAAUGGAAUAUAAAAGGCACUAAGAAGUAGGUGAGAGGACUGGGACAGGGCUAUGUGUUUGAGUGACAGCCCUGGUGCACCUCUCACGAAGGAUGAGGACCUCUCUUGCCAAACAUAGCCCCGCCCCUUCAGCACUGAACCUUUUUACCAAGGAACGCCUGUGGCGAGAAACAUGUGGCUUUCCGACAAGAGGAAAUAGGAACCAGGUGAAACAGAUAUGUGCACUCUUACACAGGACAGGGUAUUACAGGUGAUGAUAAUCAAAUGUACACAGCAACGUAGCGUCAUUACCUCAGUCGAUUUAUUGUGCACUGGCAUAUCAAGUAAAUGAGUUUCUGUUGCAAAAA